AGCUCGUCUUUCAGUUUUAAAGGGAGACUAUAAAUUGGAUUUUUUUGUUAAAGCCCUUAAACGCAGACACAUAAUUCAGAUUUUAAAUCAAAGCCCUGUACAGUGUGUGUACCUGUACGCUAUGCUUCUCUCUAGUAUCAUUUUCAUUUAAUUCUUGGUAAUUUUGUACAUACCAACUGCCAGAAAGCCCAAGGGAUUUCGCUGUCACCUCAAACUGAACCAAACCUAGAACCUUUGUCCCCAAACCUGCUCCGUCUCUAGACCUUUUUUGCUGUCUAUAUUGGCCUCAGUAUUCCAGACAUUUCUGGAUCGAACAAGGCCUUGGUGUUUUUUCUCCUCUUGUCCUUCCCGCUAUAGUUCCCCAAAACCUGAGUCUGUUAAUUUUGUCUCAUGGAUUUCCCUGUUUUUUGUUUCCUUCCUUCCUGUUCCAGCUACCCCCAUUGCUAGCCUGCCUGCUGCUCCUCUGAUCCGGAUUCUGUCCCUAUUGUAGCUUCUGUAGCAUUGCCCAGCCAGGGUGAUCGUCUUUUUCUAAUACCUCUUUCAUUAUUUCCCUACUCAAAAAAUUCUGUGUGUCCUUGUUGCCUUCCACGUAAAUUUAACUUCUUCUGUGUAGAUCUCAAGGCUUCAUAGUAGGUUUAUCUUGGCUAUCUAUCUAGAGUCCACCCCACCACCCACACUCCUUAACCCAUUGCUCCAUUAAAGCCAACUCUACUUCUCCAAUUCAGCCACCUGUCAGGGGCUGCCAGGAGUCUCGUGGGAGUGUCUGGAUUAUGGGCAGAUCCUUUCACUAGGCCUUGGCUGUUGAGUUAACAUAGAUUCUGGAGUUUUAAAACAUUUUUUUAUAAACCUCUAUUACCAUUUGGCCCAACACCUCAAGGCAAGAAGGAGGUAGAAUAAAGGAAGAUUCCAGGUGAUGGCUGUGGACACCUAGUGACUUACCAGGAUAGUGGCACAAUGACAUCUAAGAAUUAUCCCGGGACCUACCCCAAUCACACUGUUUGCGAAAGGACGAUUACAGUACCAAAGGGGAAGAGACUGAUUCUGAGGUUGGGAGACUUGGAUAUCGAAUCCCAGACCUGUGCUUCUGACUAUCUUCUCUUCACCAGCUCUUCAGAUCAGUAUGGUCCAUACUGUGGAAGUAUGACUGUUCCCAAAGAACUCUUGCUGAACACAAGUGAAGUAACCGUCCGCUUUGAGAGUGGAUCCCACAUUUCUGGCCGGGGUUUUUUGCUGACCUAUGCGAGCAGCGACCAUCCAGAUUUAAUAACAUGUUUGGAACGAGCUAGCCAUUAUUUGAAGACAGAAUACAGCAAAUUCUGCCCAGCUGGUUGUAAAGACGUAGCAGGAGACAUUUCUGGGAAUAUGGUAGAUGGAUAUAGAGAUACCUCUUUAUUGUGCAAAGCUGCCAUCCAUGCAGGAAUAAUUGCUGACGAACUGGGUGGCCAGAUCAGUGUGCUUCAGCACAAAGGGAUCAGUCGAUAUGAAGGAAUCCUGGCCAAUGGUGUGCUGUCAAGGGAUGGUUCCCUGUCAGACAGGCGAUUUCUGUUUACCUCCAAUGGUUGCAGCAGAUCCUUGAGUUUGGAACCAGAUGGGCAAAUCAGAGCUUCUUCCUCAUGGCAGUCGGUCAAUGAGAGUGGAGACCAAGUUCACUGGUCUCCUGGCCAAGCCCGACUUCAGGACCAAGGCCCAUCAUGGGCUUCGGGUGACAGUAGCAACAACCACAAACCACGAGAGUGGCUGGAGAUAGAUUUGGGAGAGAAAAAGAAAAUAACAGGAAUUAGGACUACAGGAUCUACACAGUCGAAUUUCAACUUUUAUGUUAAGAGUUUUGUGAUGAACUUCAAAAACAACAAUUCUAAGUGGAAGACCUAUAAAGGAAUUGUGAAUAAUGAAGAAAAGGUGUUUCAGGGCAACUCUAACUUUCGGGACCCAGUGCAGAACAAUUUCAUCCCUCCCAUCGUGGCCAGAUAUGUACGGGUUGUCCCCCAGACAUGGCACCAGAGGAUAGCCUUGAAGGUGGAGCUCAUUGGUUGCCAGAUUACACAAGGUAAUGAUUCAUUGGUGUGGCGCAAGACAACUCAAAGCACCAGUGUUUCAACUGAGAAAGAAGAUGAGACAAUCACAAGGCCCAUCCCCUCAGAAGACAUGCCCACAGGAAUGAACAUUACAACCGUGGCUAUUCCACUGGUGCUUCUUGUUGCCCUGCUGCUUGCUGGAAUGGGGAUCUUUGCAGCCUUUAGAAAGAAGAAGAAGAAAGGAAGUCCAUAUGGAUCAGCAGAGGCUCAGAAAACAGACUGUUGGAAGCAGAUUAAAUAUCCCUUUGCCAGACAUCAGUCAGCUGAGUUUACCAUCAGCUAUGAUAAUGAGAAGGAGAUGACACAAAAGUUAGAUCUCAUCACAAGUGAUAUGGCAGAUUACCAGCAGCCCCUCAUGAUUGGCACCGGGACAGUCACGAGGAAGGGCUCCACCUUCCGGCCCAUGGACACGGACGCCGAGGAGGCGGGGGCGGGCGCCGACGGCGGCCACUAUGACUGCCCGCAGCGGGCAGGCCGGCACGAGUACGCGCUGCCCCUGGCGCCCCCGGAGCCCGAGUACGCCACGCCCAUCGUGGAGCGGCACCUGCUGCGCGCCCACACCUUCUCCGCGCAGAGCGGCUACCGCGUCCCGGGGCUGCGGCCUGGCCACAAACACUCCCUCUCCUCCGGCGGCUUCUCCCCGGCGGCCGGUGCGGGCGCUCAGGACCGAGACUAUCAAAGGCCACAGAGCCCGCAGCCUUCGGACAGCGGCUACGACCUGCCCAAAGCCGCCGGCACCGUGGCCACCGAGAGCGGUCACCCUGACUCUCAGAAGCCCCCAACGCAUCCCGGGAAGAGCUAUUCCGCCCCCAGAGACUGCCUCACACCCCUCAACCAGACGGCCAUGACUGCCCUUUUGUGAACACAAUGUGAAAGAAGCCUGCCGUGGUACUGAGCGUCGGGCUGUCGCAAGGCACUGGAAGAAGGGAGCCUGCUGGUCCAGAGCGCGCGUGUGUGCGCGCGUGUGCGCGUGUGUGUGUGAGAGAUUCAGUAGGAUCCUAGAGACAAUGUCUCAUACUGUUUACAAAAUUGUGCAGCUGGUUUCGUGCUGACCCUUAGGGUUGAGUCUGUUGGGUUUUGUUGGGCUAGAAAAAUGAAAAUUUUCAAAUGGCGUUUUCAUUCCUCUGACUGUGAUAUUGAGCUGCUUUGGUGUUAAAGGUGUAAUCUACAGAGUUGUAUUUAACAAGAAUAAAAGUAACUUAAGUUUCCUCUAUCAGAUUUUAGUUCUGCACAGAAGUUAAGUGGGAAAAUGCAGCUGUUGCAAAACGUAUAUAGAUAGUGUGUUCAUUUUUUUCAGUAUAUUAUCUGAACUGUGUUAGCAGCAGGUCUGCUUAAACUUAAUCUUGUUGUUAUUGUGAGUCAUUUCCUUUCAUUUGAUAACUAGAACUAAAAGCAUUUUUAACAUUCUUCUCCUGGAAGAAAUGAAUUACUUGAAGCAUGAAAAGCACACCAGGGUGGUUGUUUAUUUAGCAAUUAUGGUUGUAGAUCUAGAAACAAGCAAAGAAACAGCACCUCCACAGCUGCCCUUUUCCUUAGACUCCACUUCAGAGGGGGAUGCGAAGAGGUCAGCCCAGCUCCCAUGACCAUGAAGGUGGCACAGGAAUUACAGUGUGAGUGGCUGUAUCAGAUGUUUUCGUACCUCAGAUUAAAAAUAUUGCUGAGGUCAGAGGCCACACUUUUCAUUACUUUCUUCAGAAGUAGCACAUUUUUGUGACUUCUAUUGUCCUCUGAAAAACAAAAAAAUUAUCUGGAACAUGUUUAUACAAAAGUAAGUCUGGCCAAGUCUAAAUCAAGCUUUUCUGCUGACAUGAAACUGUUGGAAACUGAUCUGAUUUUAUAAGAAACGAUUUUCCCCUCAAGGAGGCGUCUGUAAUUCCAGAACAGCCCAGACCUCAGCUGUACCUCAUGUUCAGUAGUUUUUAUUUGGGUUUGCUUUGUGAGUUAACUAUGGGGGAUUUAACCUCUUUUGCCAAAGAGGAAAGUGUGUGUGUGUGUUUUUAAUAGAAUUUUUUUUUUUCCCUAAAGAAUGUAUUAUGACCCUGUUUGUAUGGUUAUCACAUCCUGUGAAAUGUAUAUAUGUUAAAAUAGUGGGGUUCUAGAAGGUCAUGGCAGACUAGCUGCUGGUUAGUGUGGAGGGUAAAUGGUUUACUUUGUGGAGUUUACAUGGUUUUAUGUGCACACUAAUUGUAAUAAACUAUGCCAAACCAAA